AUGUCCAAGUCUCGCCGGAACGUCAGGUUCCCACAUCGGAACUCCAACGAACGACGCAUGAGUGUGUCCUCGGACGUUAGCGAUGCGCCGUCUGAUGCAGGCAAUCCGUCCCAGAAUAGCAACAGCAAUGCUGUCGCCGGCAAUACUGAGGGCAAUGGCACCUCGAGGCCUUCCACUAUACCCGAGGAGAAGUCUGAAAAGCCCCCACUGUCCGAAUAUGAGAAGAAAAAGCAGACCUUUAUUACACGGACAAUAUGGUCCUUUGUCAUGAUCGCGGGGUUCUUCAUCGCCAUGUUCUCCGGCCACAUCUACAUCAUCGGUCUUGCGACUGCUGUUCAAAUCGUCUCGUUCAAGGAGGUUAUCGCCAUUGCCAAUGUCCCCAGCAAAGAGAAGAAUCUCCGGUUUACCAAGUCGUUAAAUUGGUAUUUCCUGGCCACCACCAUGUACUUUUUGUACGGAGAGAGUGUCAUCUACUAUUUCAAGCAUAUUCUGCUGGUGGAUAAAGUUUUGCUGCCUCUGGCCACCCACCAUCGCUUCAUCAGCUUCAUGCUUUAUGUUAUGGGUUUCGUCUUCUUUGUCGCAUCCUUGCAGAAAGGCCACUACCGCUUCCAGUUCACCCAGUGGGCCUGGACGCACAUGGCACUCUACCUGAUUGUCGUGCAGGCACACUUUGUCAUGAACAACGUCUUGGAGGGAAUGAUUUGGUUCUUCCUGCCCGCGUCCUUGGUGAUUACAAACGACAUCUUCGCUUACGUCUGCGGUAUCACCUUCGGCCGCACUCAAUUAAUUCAGUUGUCACCAAAGAAGACAGUUGAAGGGUUCCUGGGCGCCUGGUUCUGCACUAUUGGUUUCGGUUACUUCAUGACCAACAUCCUCAUGCGCUACAAGUACUUUAUUUGCCCUGUCAAUGACCUCGGUGCGAACGUUUUGACCGGAUUGGAAUGCACGCCUAACCCGACCUUUGUGCCUCAGCCAUAUACUGUUCCCGACUGGACCGGAGUUGGAACCACGUUCUACAUUCAGCCCAUUCAGUUCCACAUCCUGGUUUUCGCAUCCUUCGCCUCCUUGAUCGCACCGUUCGGUGGAUUCUUCGCUUCCGGACUUAAGCGCACGUUCAAGAUUAAGGACUUUGGCGAGUCGAUCCCUGGCCACGGUGGUAUUACGGACCGUAUGGACUGCCAGUUCAUCAUGGGAUUCUUCGCCUACAUGUACUAUCACAGUUUCAUUGCCGUGUAUAAGGCCAGUGUUGGAGAUAUCAUUGAGACCGCUAUUAACGGUCUGACUGUUGAAGAACAGCUUGAGGUUGUUCGUGGUUUGGGCAAAUAUCUGUACAACCAGGGAACAGUCUCCGAAACUAUUUUGGAGUGCCUAAACACCGAACUCACGCGUCGGUGA